GCUACCCCUCCCCAUCUUACCGUCGCAUAAUGUCUAGAUGAACCCUCUCGAUGUAUUGUCAAUCUUCGGUAACGUAAAGUAACAUGAGGCCGCUUACAGGGCAUAAUACGAUUACUUGACGAAGCAGGUAGUACGACAAAGUACCUACUAUCCCCUUAUGCCAGGGUUGGGUACCUAGGUAGCCACCUCCCUCGUGAUUCAACGAUACGGUCGCGUAAUGGCGAAGAAGACUUAGCCCGUCACUGAAUAGUCAUCACCGGGUUGAUUCUUGGUCUGCAAGAUAAGGAUAUUCAUGCGCGGUCAGAGGGGUAACAGAAACAAUGGAGGACGCAAGCCGAGAUGAUUCGGUUUUAGUGACGUGCGAGACUUUCGUGAGUGAAUAGUGUUGACAACCCAGCUAGACGAACUUCCCAAUAGAUCUUCUCGAUAGCUCGAUAUAAGGUCACGAUUGAAGCCACUGUUAGGAUUCCAAUUUGACAAACCAACCUUGGUAUCACGACCAAUAUCACAUUGAGACUCAUCUUAGUUCAAUAACAACAAGCCGCAGUCGACGCCAACACGUUCUCCUCGCAUCAUUCACAAUGAAGUCAUCAAUUCUUCUCGCUCUCGUUCCCUUCUUCGUCGCCCUCUCCGGCGCCGUGCCUGUCGGGAACAACUUAACUCCAGCGAUUGCCAGAAGUGCCGACGAGGCCACCGAGUAUGUCACCGACAAGCGCAGCGCCGACGAGGCGACAGAAUACGUUACAGACAAGAGAAGCGCCGACGAAGCCACGGAGUACGUAACCGACAAACGUAGCGCUGACGAAGCAACCGAAUACGUCACCGAUAAACGCAGUGCCGAUGAAGCCACUGAAUACGUCACCGAUAAACGCCGCAGCGCGGACGAGGCCACGGAGUACGUGACUGAUAAACGCAGAAGCGCCGAUGAGGCGACUGAGUACGUGACGGACAAGCGCAGAAGCGCCGAUGAAGCUACGGAAUAUGUCACCGAUAAGCGCAGCGCUGAUGAGGCUACGGAGUAUGAAACCGACUAGUGGAUUCUUUCAUGGCCUGGUAGUUUUCCGGUUGUCAAAGCAAAGUCCCUCUUAUACUAGGAAAGGAUUUAUGACCGGGCUACAUCAUACUAAGCAUAUAUGUAAGGCGAAUUCUGUGGGAAGGGGUGAUGCUUCAUGAAGUUAAGCUCUGGAGUUACGUCGGGCUUUGACAACAUAGAUUAUCUAUUGAAAGGGGUACUAAGAGCAAUGGUACUUCUUCAAUUCUAGUCAAAUUAACAUGCGGCUUCUGAUUAUGGCCCUCGUUUAAUCUUGGCAUGCCCCUUAUUUCCUUUUCUUGGUUGAAAAAACUAGUGGCAAGACGUGUGACACUGGAUUUUAAAAUCACGUAUCUAUCCAGGGGAGUCAUCGUAAAGUCAAGCCCUCCUCUUGAACAUCAAAAUUUCUAGAUAUG